CAGGUCGGCACGUCAGUGAAAUCGCUCUCGCGAGAAACGCAGCUCCUUCCAGAUUCUUUAACAAACACAGGACGCAGACACAACAACAGCAGGCACAACAGCAGACACCACAUACACAGGCGCAGCACCAACAGCACCGCCUCGAUAACUCAUCCGCCGCCCGCCGCCAUGGCAGAGCUACUGUCGCACUACUUCCAUACUUCGCUGUACGCCUUCACUGAGGCCGCGAGGUCCGCCGUCAUUGCCAGCUUCCGAAAUGCGGUCAAAGACGAUACCAUCAUGUGCACCUACUUGGUUGCGAGUGAGGUGUGUGAUGGACAGCGUGCUCGUGUGCACGCGUAUGAGCUUACCGACCGUGACAGACGUUCUACCUCUCCUGCCCGGAGACUGAAGGAGGAAAGAGCGCCGAUGGCACGCUCAGCCAGAUCAUCGAGCAGUAUAUUCGCACAGAGCUCGAAGCAGCGGAACGCGAGCAGAGACAGCCGACGGUCCUACGCUUUCCUGAGAGCAGCUUCGACGACCUGGGCGCCUUCGCCAAUCAGGACGACGUUGCCGCUAUCCCGACUAUAGCACAGCAGCCGCCCACACAGAUUGCACGCACGCAGAUCGUCAUUGCUCCUGAGCACGGAGUCCAAACAGUCAAGCUGUUCUUCCCUGACGAGCUGCCAAGCUACGGACUGCUCGAGAGGUGUCUGGGCGCAAAUCAUAAAUUAAUGGGCGCGGGCCAAGUUUGUCGAGCGGCACGUUGGAGCAGUGUCAA